GCCACUGAAUUUGAAAUGUUGAUCCGUUGCGAUGUGUUUUGAAUUUCUUGAUGAGCGUUCGGUUGUCUUGGUGCCUGUUAAUUUUAUAAGCUUCAUUUAACUUUAAACCCGCAUGAAGACUAACGACGUACAUUUUAGACUAAAAUUACUAUGGAAAAUACCAGCACAUCUAAAGAAACGGCCGAAGAUUUGUUUUUCAAGUUCAUGGACGCUGAAGACUGUCCCGAAAUCACACACACGUUCCGUCGGCUGGUAAAACUUCUCGGAAUCAAAACCGAAAACCCGCGAGAGUUCUAUUCGUUACUAAAAGGCAAACUCCAGUCCUGGAGGUGCAAAUCUCUUUGGGAACUGCUCGACUGUCGUGCUAACCAGAAGGAAUAUGGCAAAGGGAAAAUUUGCGAAGACACUCAAGUGUUAGUAAUCGGUGCAGGCCCAAUCGGGUUGAGGACAGCAAUUGAAGUUGCUUUGUUGGGCUCACAAGUUGUGAUUGUGGAGAAAAGAGAAUCAUUCACGCGAAAUAAUGUUUUACACUUGUGGCCCUUUCUACUCACCGACUUUCGGUCGCUCGGAGCAAAAAAAUUCUACGGGAAGUUCUGUUCUGGGUCUAUUGAUCACAUCAGUAAGUAUGUUUAAAGUGCUUAUAUUGCAUUUUGUGUUUUCGCAGGUUUAUCGUAUUUUCUUACAAACCUAAGACUUGAUUGACAGACGUAUCUGUAAAUUAAUUGAUUUAAAGGCGAAUACUAGCUAAUUUGUCCAGUGUUUUUAUGUCUUCAUCCAUCUCGCCUUGAAAUAAGAUUGUUGAGGGCAAUAUGAUGAUACAAUAUCAUUUCCUUUCGGCGUCGACUGAAAAUAUUAUUAUCUAUCAUAUGUUUUGAAAGUAUACAGCCUUUUAUGCUAAAGCGUUUGUGUCUCCCAAACAAUUUAUUCCUGCUUAUUGUAGUCACUGUGCUAAACAAAGCCCAAACAUACUUUUAGAAUAGUCCGGUGACAAUUUAUGCUAGAAUCGUCAACUCAUAAAAUCGUUAUGAAGCAAUACAGUCAGUCACGUAUUUGUUCCUCGAAUAUCUUUGGAAUUGGAUCUUUAACAUGGCUUUUAAGGUGAAGUGUAUAAAAUUCGCGCUCUUAAUUGUAAGGCAUAUCUCAGCGAAUCUCGUUAAGCAAUUCGAUAAGCGUUUUUAAUCCCUGAUAACAUAAUUUUGUAUUGUAGCUAUGUCAGUAUUGUUUAUCAUACCGUUGUGAAUACCAAAACAUUCUUAUUUUAAAUGGGAUUUGUGUUGUAGACUGAAAGUUAUAUCAGAUUUAAACAUAACAAAUAUUUAUAGUUUGUGAGGGUACAGCAUCAGAGUGUUGGUCUAAAUCCGUCUUACAACUUCCUCAUCUCCCGGCCAACUUUUUUAACUUUCAGUCCACGAGCGAUUACUGACCUUAAGUGCCGUAGUCUUAUUGAGAGUUUAUCAUCUUUUGCUCUCUAUAAAAACAGCUGUUUUGUUUUUCCUCCAACGACCGGAACGCCUGUAACAUGUUAUGUUAUACUGGUAAUUAGUAGAGAACAAAAAAAAAAAAAAAAAAUAACACCAAAAAAUUGAAAUUGGAGUGAAGAGUGGGAACACAGAAGAAGUUCAUUUUCUCGUGCAUCUUUUGACCAAAAAUAAAACAAAGUCAGGCGAAAAUUUCGCUGAGCUUUUCAUUUUUUAGUCUACAGCACUCAAAAAAAUAGUUGCGGGUUUUUUUAAAUAUUUUAAUUAUCAUUUAUUAACAAUUACAGUUUUUUACAAUUAGCAUAUUUCAUAUUCAUUAAUGUUUUAUUUUCAGUUUCCCUGACAAAAGAUUAUUUUCUUUUCAUUUUUCAUCUCAUUUGUGUGUUUUGACGGUUUGCUUUUCAGUGAACAGCGUUUCACUGAACUUGCCCUUGCCAUAAAUAUUAUUCGUAAUUAUUCCAUCAACUUUUACAUUUUCUUAGAAUUGGCAAUGAAAACAGUCGUAUUAUUUUUAAUUCGGGAUGGUUUUUUUUACAUUCAUUAAUUGUAUCAUUUUGUUUAUGCUAUGUUAUUUAUAUAUUAUAUUUAAGUCAGUUUUAUGUGAUCCCAGUGCAAUAAAACGCAGUGAAACAAACAAAAAUAAGAAAGAGGGGAGGAACAAAUUGUUUCUGCACCAUAAAGGCUCAAUCCAAGAAUGGAAAUAUGAGUAAAAUGUUGACCAGUAACUGUAAGAGGCUCUCACUUGUAAACAAGACUGAAUUUCUGAUAAAAAAUUAGCGAAUUGUAGCCCUUAUUUUUCUGCCUUACAAUACAUCAAUAAUCCUGAAACUCACAUACAAAAUACGGUCAAUCUCAAUAAUCUCAAAUUUUAAAGAAAAUCUAUCGAGCAGUUUUAAAAUUAUUCGCUUACUUGUUAAAGUAGACCGAAAUGUUUACAAAACCGCUAACAAAAGCACCUCGAUACAUCUAAUCGAUCAAUUCCUUCUUCAAGUCUAGCAAUCGGCUAGAGCUGUCUCCAUGAUCUUUCACACACGGUUUUAAAAAGAUUGAAGCUACUAUGAAGUGAAAUUUCAUAUCAAGAGCGCUUCGUUUCCUACAGGUAUUAAACGGCCGAACAUCAAGAUUGUCCAGUUUUCACUGUAUUUCUAACUAUAAAAACUUCACCCCAAAAUAUCUCGAUAGCGCUCUUACAGAUUUCGCUUAAACUUCACGAACAUCGAGGAGGCUAUGGAGGAAAACGUUCCCGUGAACGAAUUUGGAAGGACUGUUUCCCGUGCCGAGAAAUAUACGCCUGCAAGUAAAAUAGCUAAUAGCGCCCAUUUCUUUGCUAUGACAACUCCGAUGUCAUUGUAACCCUGUGGUGGUAAUUUUUCCAAAUCUUUGGUAAUGGCGACGUAAUUUACGUUCAAACUUGGGAGGUAUUGACCCCUGAAAAACUCAGUCUAUCGAGCCACCUUAAUCAAUCAGACAAAAAACAAAAGGUAUCGCAUUGGAUAUCACUAACUUUCAGGCAAGUACUGUAAUUUCAAAGCCACAAACACAAUGCAUAGUUCAUCUUUUGUAUCCAUUCGGUUCUAUUCCAGGCAUUCGUCGUCUCCAAGCCAGUCUCCUCAAAACUGCGCUCAUCUUUGGUGCCAAGCUGUACACUGGCGUUACAUUUGAACAAGUGGUGGAGCCGAAGUCACUGGAGGACGGAUGGAAAUGUCAGGUGUCGCCGGAAAACCACCCUGUCAGUUCGUUUGAAUUUGACGUUCUUAUUGGAGCUGAUGGAAAGAAGAAUGUCCUUCCUGGAUUUGAACAAAUUGAAAUGAGAGGUGAGAUCGAAAUAAUACUGCUCACCGGCUGCCCCUGGUCAUCCACUUAAGGCGGUGGUGGGACGAUCAUUCCGUCUGCUCAAACCAAGCAGUCAGGCACCCGUGACGGUCUUGACGCUUACAAAGAAGUGUAAAAAGGGUGGGGGGUGGGGAGGCAGCUGGGGAAAGACGAAUCACACCCCAAUGAAUAGGGAGCUUAAGCAACAACGUUUUUGAGGGACCCACGUCAACCGGAAGUGGCCUUUUUUCAUUUUUUGACGGUGGUUUCGCGCAAAUUUUCAGUCAAAUCGCCUCUAUAACAGUAAAGAAACUAAGGAAUACAAAUUUUAUAUCAUCAAAGCAUGUGAAGAGGGAAAUUACCUCACUUCCGGUUGACGUGCGUCGCUCAAAAACGUCGUUGCCGCUUAAGCAACGACGACGGCGACGGCUACGAAAACGUCACUUAAAAAGUGAAUUAUCGCUGCUUCAAACAUUAUCGCGCUAAUUCAUCUCGAUCAGUUCGUAAAAUGAUGGCAAUUUUCACCAGUUGUAGUCGUGCAGUGAUGGAAAAGAAAUGGACAAAAAAGCGUGAUGCACGUGCAGAGUUGUUGUUUUGCUAAUCUAAGGGCCUGUUUACAUGGAGGUGGGGGAUCCCAGGUAGGUGAGGUAACAUGUGGCGGGUAGUGAUAGUUAUAUUUUUGAAGUGAUAUUUGGCAUAAAUUAUUUUGGCGGGUCACCCCACCUAUCAUGUAAACGUGAUCAAACUAAAAUGAGAGUCAUUAUAUUUCGGACAGGAGGGUUACCCCACCUAGGCGGGUUUCUGGGGUCUCCCACCUCGAUGUAAACAGGCCCUAAGCCUCUUGCCUUUUUUUUCACCCCACCUAUCAUGUAAACGUGAUCAAAUUAAAAUGAGGGUCAUUAUAAUGUCAAUUUCUUGCGAUUAUUUUUACUUUUUACUUCUACAUAAUUUUUUGUAAACAGCGCCUUUGAAUCUUGUAGAAAAGGCGCUAUAUAAAUGGAUUAUUAUUAUUAUUUCGGACAGGCGGGUUACCCCACCUAAGCGGGUUUCCGGGGUCCCCCACCUCCAUGUAAACAGGCCCUAAGCCUCUUGCCGUUUUGCGUUCUCCUUGACGUUACUGUCGUCAUUGCUUUUAAAAGCUCCCUAGUCUGACGAUACUGCAACAAGCUAGCACGCUACAGUGCGGCUGGUAUGACACACGUGACCAUGUUCUGAUGACUGCAAAGCAGCCUCAGGAACCCGCCAUCUGUUGUUAGCUUGGUUAAAUUCAAACCACUGCUUUGGAAUCCAACAGUUUCCCUCUUUCCUUUAAUUUUUAUUCAUUUAUUUAUUUCUUUUUUGAUUUUAAAUAGGCACAUUGGCCAUUGGCAUAACAGCUAACUUUGUCAAUCAUGGAACUGAAGAAGAAGCUAACGUACAGGAGAUCAGUGGAAUUGCAUACCAGUUUAACCCGCAGUUUUUUGACAAUUUGCUUGAACAGAAGGGAAUCAAGCUGGAAAAUAUUGUUUACUAUAAAGACGAAACACAUUAUUUUGUAAUGACGGCUGGAAAGGCGAGCUUACUGAAAAGAGGCGCCUUAAAGGAGGUAAUGUUCGAAGUUAUUUGCUUUUGUCUAUGUAAGGCCAUUAUGAAGCUCUUUAUAGGCGAUAUCUUUUCUCCCCACUUUGUUACUGGGUCGAAGGAGGGAAGAAAGACAAAAAAAAUUUUUUUUCAACUGAUUUGGUUUAUGUAAUUCACCACUCGCUCGUCAAGCGGAGGAGUACUCGAUCAGAGAACGUUUGAUUUCAUGCUAUUUGACUGCAGCUGUCAGGUCUACUGAACUACUGGCGACCUAAUUAGCUAAUUUGUAGACAACGUUUACGUUUGAGCUUGUUGUUCGAGAGUUUUUCAAUUAAAGCAUUUUUGGUUCGUGGACUUCCUAUUGCUCGUCAAAGUGGAUAAAAGCUGGAAUUUUACACUAAAAAGUUUCAAGAACGAAGUAAUUCGGGAUGGGUAUUCUUGUUGUUGUUGCUACUGUUGUUUUAUUUCUUUUCCCACUUCCUCUUUUUAUUGUAGAUGUUUUUUUUUUUUUUUUUUUUUUUUUUUUUUGUUUUUUUUUUUUACUUUAGUCCCCUGUUUUUUUUUAACACCCUCCUUUAAUUAGAACAGCUACAAAUUUUUUUUUCCUUACUCUCGAUGUUCUAAAGAACGAAGUAAUAUUAUAGAUCAUCAUAUUUUGUGGUUAGCAAUUUAUCUUCUUUAGUAACAAUUUUUAAAGAGGGUUUAACCCCCCCCUUUUUUUUCCUUUUUUUUUUUCCCGCCCAUUUCCUUUUUCAUUUAGCUGGGAAAAAUUCAUCCCCAUGCUUCCCCCAUUUUCCACUAGAACAGCAACUGGCUUUUUAGCCACUUUCAAAGUUUUAAGAACGAAAUAACGAAAGUAAACCGACAUUAUUGAACAAGUAAAGGUAACCAAGGAAAUUUUGACUGUGUUGCUUGAAGUUGGAGUGUAAACCAAAACAGCAACUCUGGAUUGGAUAAAAUCCAAGGUCAGCUUCAAUCCCAAGCACGCCUACUUCAAAACACCACACUCAAAUUAACGAAGUCAUUACUGAAAAAGAUCAAUGUUGGCUGGCCUUGUUUAACCUUGGACUAUGCCCAAGAUACUUAAGACAUCUCGAGACACGAGUGAAAGAAUUGCGGCAAUCAACUAAGAAACUUUAUAACCUAACGGAAGGGACUGUGUCACGGCUUCAGGCUAGUUCAUUUCGAACAUAAUAUUAGUUAAGCGUCCUUAUUCGCCAUGGAACUUGAGAAAUUUCUUUCCAAAUGGCAAAAUCACAGCUUCGUGUCAAACAGUUAUGUCUCCUAAGCAUAAUAUCAAGCAUUACAAACACCAACGGCAAUGAACUUUGAAAAACUGUUAGACUAACAAGUUUUCAAAAUCCGCAAUUGCAAUACGUUUCAAGUUUAUCCACACGUGCCUCCCUUUGUAUUUGCAGUUGGUGUUAAUACCUACACCUAUCAUGUUUUGAGCAGCUAUUUAAGGAAAUUUGCUCCAACCAAUCAGAAGCACUUCCCAUAUUUGGUUCUUGCAGUAUGGAAUUUCUGCAGUCGUUCCCCAGAAGUCAUUGCGCGGGGAAACCAUCGGUGGUGUCGGGAAAUUAAAUGUCAGCUGUUUAGUCACACUAGAACUCGUAGUCCAGUCUAUAGGUCACGCACAACUAAAAUAACAACAUUAUUUUACUGUGUAAAUCAUAAUCGGUCACUGUGUAAACAUCACCAUUUCGUUUCCCUACGCAGGAUUUUAGUCCACCAUCAAAACUUCUUGCUCCGGCGAACAUCGAUCAAUCUAAACUGCUCGAAUACGUGACUGACGUGGUUAAAUACGCCACUGAAGGGACGCUGAAGAACUUAGAACUGAAGGUGUUGAGGAAUAAUCAACCAGACAUUGCUGCUUUUGACUUCACUUCUAUCAAGAAAGCUGAACAUGCAGCCAGGAUCAUAGAGAGGAAAGGGAGUAAACUUUUAGUGGCACUUGUUGGAGACAGUUUAUUGGAGGUAAGACUUAUUAUGAGGCUCUGGACGGGGUAACUCAUGGUUACCGUAAUCAAUCCAUUUAGGAAAGCCGGAAAGGUUGUCAUCUUGUUCAUGUACUGAACAAACGGCUAUUGAAAGCAAUUAGGCUGUUAUAAAGUAUAAUGAUACACUUUGUACAGGGCUUCCUGUGCAUUUAUGAAGUUGCCCAUAUGCACAAACGUUCGAGUUCGAUGGGUUUCCCAUUCUUUGGUGUUCCUGUGUAAAGGGUGUUUUUCAUCACUUAUCAUGGUGUCAAUCAACUUCGAUUUUUCACCCAAUUUACUACCAAGACGCACACGGACAGAAAAACGGGAGGAGCCCAACGAGGAGGCCUGACGAAAAUCAAACGCUUAAUUAUGCCUCGCCUUAUACUUUUCUUAGCUUGCUAAUCGUGAAAGUAGAAACUCGUAAUUAUAAUGUCUUAUCAGUCAACCUUGUUUCCGGGGUCUUAGAAAGAAGUCUAAUUCAGUCUUUGCGGUCAUGGGGAAUAAAUUAACCUUUGAAUAAACUUUAUCGCCUAUAGGUUUCUGAUAAACACUCAGGUGGUUCUUUAAGCUGAGCAUUUUAAAAGGGCAGGUUUAUCCUUUGUAAGGGAUGUGUUCGAGCAACUCGCUCGCUACACGAUGAGGUACCAGGAAUCUGCCUAACAUCUUGGUCUUUAUUCUUCUUUGAAUUCUGCUAACAAUCUUAACCUUAAUCUUCUUACUCUUCUUCUCUACUCAAUCCUUACUAACUAGUCAAAUAGUGGCGGUUUUUAUAGCCAAAGCUGGACAUGUUUGGGUUAGCUGACCGUGGGAAUGAAAACAAUUUAAAGUCGGUGUUGGUAAUGUUUUGGUUUUAUUGAACGUACAUGGUUGCGAUCCGCAAGAAGCUACAAACCAAUGAAAAACCAAAACGUUGGUUAACAAACCCAAAACAGGAACUUCGAUGAGACAACGAACCAAGGUCAGCUCUAACAUCACAAACACGACCACCUAUUAAAAACUAACUUUUGACAAUGGCAAGCGAAGAAUAUUCCUAAAAUGGCAUUAAGUAAAUUCGUGAACUAAGCAAAAAUUCAAGUACAAGUAAAAACACAAGAUGAAAACAGGAAAACACGUGUGUGGAAAAUUCAAGAUUAACCUUGACCCACUUAAUGAAACAAAAACGAAACUUAAAAGAUGAGACAAAUCUUAAAAAGUACUUUCAAAACACUUUACAACACGUUUUUUCAUAUUCUUUCACACACAAUAUACAGAUAAGUCUUUCUCAGAGUUUUCAAUCUUUUUUUUUUCCAGCGACCGAUGCCAAAUACCAAUAAUUUCCGCACUUGUUCGUUAAUUGCAUUCUCUAUUUAUGUUUCGUAGCCUUUUUGGCCAACAGGAUCUGGAUGCGCCCGCGGUGUUUUAAGUGCACUAGAUGCGGCAUGGAUGAUCCGUUCAUUUGCACAGGACAAACCCCCACUUCAAAUUCUCAGCGAGCGAGAAAAUAUCUAUCGCUUGCUGUCUGGUACAAGCGCUGAGAAUCUGCACAAAGAUCACGGCAAAUACACCAUUAACCCGAGCACGCGGUAUCUGCACAUUACACACAAGAAGAUUCGAGAAGUGUAUCAUCUGUAUGACACGGAUGACGCGGUUAACGCUGAUUUCAGCAUCGGUAGCCCACAGACGGCCGUCAACAACAAAGGUAACAAAGCCCCUUUUCCUAUCAUCUAUAUAUAUAAAUGUCCUGUUAAAACAACACUCUAGAAACGAGAAGGGAAUUGGAACCGAAAUGCAUCCCGCAAUUGUUUCUGGGAUAGUUACUGGGUACCCACUGGUUAGCUAUUGGCCAUUUUUUUUCCUGUUCCUAGUAACAGUCCCAGAAGUCUUUGGGCAAGUUAACUGGGCCCAGUUUCCCCCUCGUUUUUUAAUAAACAGGUGAACGGCAAUUUCAAGAAAAGUAGAAGGACGCCCGAAAAUGAUAUUCACUUCUCACUCUCCGUUUUUUUAUGACAGUAACGCUAGAUAGUUUGUGACUCCCGUCAUUGAUGUAUCUUGUGGAUUUGCUGACUUCCUACUUUUUUCUUGCGACCACGUUUUACUUGACAUUCUUUGCAACACCUACUUCAAGCGGACGGAAGGAUAUGAACGCAAUGUUUUUGUUAAAGUGAUAUGUUGUACACGAGCUUUUGAAGCUGUUUAUAAAAUUCGCAACGAUUCAAGUGCGCCGAAAAUCUUCAUGUCUCAUACAGUACAAAAACUUUAGUCAGCUUCUCUGUUGGAAUUCUCUCCUUUGUGGCAAGCUUUAAGGAGAAGGUAGCGGCAAAAAACGAGAACGGGAAAAGACAGAGUGACUUUUUCUGGUACAGGGUGCAAAGAAAAUAAUUUUUACAGCUUGCCAUUCGGGCAAGCUGAAGCUAGCAUUUACUAGCCCAGACGUCAUUUCAACUAGCCCCAAAAACGUUUUGAGUAGCAGAAUUGAUGUCACAGUUUUUCUGUUAUUCGAAUUCCUCAAAAAACAUUACUUGCCCGUCGGGCAAGUUAAAAACAGAAUUCACUAGCCCGAUAGCAAAAUCCACUAGCCCCGGGCUAUCGGACACUACUUUCUUUGCACGCUGUGGUAGCACCUCUUUCGUUUUUGUAUUCGCUAUCCCCCCCCUCCCCACCCUCCUCUUCCGCUCCCUUUAAUCUUCCCUUAUCACGCAGACAAGGGACAUCCCUAUUUGUUUUAUCGAUCGCUUGCCACUUAAACAUAGGUUUCCUCAGCUCCAACGCGAGUUUUAAAGCACAAUUUUGUAAUUGCUCUCUUUUUUUAAAAGCGUCUCGUCGUAGGAGAAUCAGCACAGGGGCAAAGCUUACAUCGUCGAAAGGUCGCAAGCGGGGUAGAGCGAAUCUGGCUUUGGAUCAUGAGGAGAGUAGAAUAAGAUCAACUUCAGGGUCCAGUGUGGAAAAUCUGGUUUCACACAAACCACUCUCGUCCACGCGGUCUGUACCCCUUGACAGUGCUUUAACAGCUAGUUCGGCGCCGAGUGAUGACGAGGUUUUUGAAAAGGAACCCAGGCAGGUACGGAUAGGUAGUCCAAAGACAGUACGGGGAAGAAAAUCUACAGUUGGAAGUUCAGGUGAUGAAAUAAAAGGUAAAAGAAAAAAGGGAGGAAGAAAGAGAACAAUGGCGAAAGAGAAUUUGGACAUUCCAAAGGAAGAGAAACGGAAGAAAGGAUUCUUUGGGUUUGGGAAGAGCAAGCCGAAACGCAAGGUAGCUGAAGAUUCAGAUCAUUAUUCCGAUAAAGACGUGAAACUUGUUAAAGUGAGGCAUAAGGAAGACGAGAAGCAAUCUGAGACACGUCCAAAUUUUGUCAGGGACGAUUCUUGGAAUAGGAAUCGCGUGGGAUCAUUUUCGAGAGAGCAGUACACACGUAGGUCGACUCGGGAUAUCAUCAGAGAAAUGGAAGCAAGAUCUAAAGGCGAGGUCAUUGGCAAUGGCAUGACAAGUGACAGAGGAAAUGCAGGCAAGCCUUUUGACUCAAAAUUGAGAGAGAAAGAGGAAGAAAUGAAAACCGAGAACAAGAAACGUGAAGAAGAGGCGAAGUUGAAGAAAGACGAGGAGAAAAAGAAGCAUAGGGCGGAGGAAAAGAAACGGAAGGAAGAAGAAAAAAGGAAGAAGGACGAGGAGAAAAGGAAACACGAAGAGGAGAAGAAGAAAAAGGAAGAAAAUGAGAAGGCAAGGAAAAAACACGAGGAUGACAUAAAGAGAAGAGAACAUGUGAACAAUCUCCAUAAUAAAGCGCAAACUACGCCAGCAAACAAGAAAUCCAAGAAACAGAGCUUGCUGGACGAAAUAGCAAAGUAAGUGUUAGCCUGCGAGCAUGCUCUCCAUUUGCUUCACCACGUAUAGCACUUGUUCUCUCGCGGUUUGCUUCGCUUGCCAUAAUUAUAAUGAAGCUUGCUCGCCGGCUUAGUAGGUUAGAAGGUGUGAAUACUUAAAAAUCAGUUCAGAGCACUUCUCUCGCGCACACACCGAAAGAGAAAAAUCCUUUGUAUAGUGUGAAAAAAUGGACCUCAAGCAAGUGGAUGUGGCACACGGGUUUCCACUGAUAGCUAUUUCUUUUAUGGCGAAUCGAAGAAGAGACUUUUUAUUUUUGCUCGCAGCUGAAAACAUUAGAAGCAUAUCGCAUGUGAAGCGUUGCAGUUGUUGUAGAGUUAUUAACAAAAUUUACUUUUUGUCAAUAGGAUAUCACCCUCAGCUAAACGAGCCAUGCCAGUACUUUCCAAACUCAGCCCUGAAUCAGACAAGGAAAAUGAAAAGAUGCACGAUCGUAGUGUGACGUCAGCUGUUCGAGACGCUGCCAUGUUGCUAAUGGCAACACCGCUUUUGAUUGACGGGCUAAUGCCCAAGAAAGGCCUGGACCGAGCAGGAUCAUGGGUAAGAAAUAACUAAGGUCUAAGGUCAUUUCUUCGAGGAGAAUGACAGGCCCUUUCUUAAAUCCUUCUAGUGGAAGCUUAACUGUCUAGCGGAACAAUUCCACAAGAAACGAUUGCUAGCUUGACUGGGCCUCUACGUUAUGCCAUUAUUCCCUUUUACUGCUGUAAACUAACUAAAGGUACAUUUGAUAUACUGAGUGCUGUUUUUGUCAUUGACAAGACAUAUCAGACUUUCCCUUUAAGUUUGUUUUAGGUCUUAUUGUAAAAAGUGUUUGAUUCUGUGAUAAUUAUGACCUGUUCCUUUUAACCUUCUUGUUGCAGCUUGGAAGAGGUAGCGGUCGCGUUCGUGAUGUGAUUCAGCGUUAUAAUACCUUGACCGACAUGAAAAGCCAGAUAAGCAACAUGAAUGGAGACCUAACGCCGUUGAAAAGACCACGUGACAGGUAAAGACCUAUUUAUAGAUAAGUGGAUCCUCUUUUGACAGUCAGCCAGAGACUUUAAAGUUCUUGCUCCUCAGUGUGGGGUGGGGGCUAAGAAUAAAGCAUAGCUCCCUGUGUUAUCGUGUAAUCCGUCACUCAGUUCGACGAACAGAGUGACGGAAGUUUUGCGAAAUCUUUUGUUAACCAGUUUUAGUAAGUGACUGAAAUUCUACCCACAGGUGGCGUAAGAUAACUUGAUGUAGGCGUUUAGCUUGUACACCUGAGGAAAAACGAUUAAGAAAAUAUUUGCAAACAGAAAAAAGAUGAGAGUCUGAAGAAGGGGCAAAAUCUUUUCGUCUCACUCUUUUGUGGAGUAAACCUUGCGCAUAAUUUCAAAAGAGCGUGAACUAGGCCAAAUUUUCAAAAUGGAAAGCGUCAACAAGUUAGCAGGAACAGAACGAAUACUUAGGCAUUUUGACCAUUAAAGUGUAGGCUUAUUGUCACGUACCAUUCUCAUUACUAUCAUGCUUUUUCUUGUAGCGUUGAUGGUCCUGAAGGAAGACCGCGUAAUCUUAACAGCAACAGUGAGGGACAAGAUGGGAAAGUAAGCGAUUCUACUGACCUGAAACAGACUCUACCAUUGCAGCUGAAGACUGAAGAAGAGAAAAAUUUGAGAAGUUCACCUUCAUUGGAAAGAUUAAAGUUCCAGGUACGAAAAUAUGUAUUUCAAAACAUCCUUUAAAUUAUUUGAGUAAUUCCACUUGUCAUGUUUGAUACGGUAAUCUAUAGAAGUAACAUGAAAAUAAUAAAAAUAAAAUUCAUUAAAUAAAUAAACACAAAAUAGACCCCUGCAGUUCAGUUUUGUUUCAUAUGCUUUUCUUUUAAAUUUUUAAGUUGCAGGGCUAUAAAGACAAUACGGUCUGCGCUGAAAAAGAGCCUUCUUCCCCGAAUGAAAAACCAACUGUAGACUUUAGUUCUCCCAUUUGGCAAAAAACACCCAUUGCAGCCAUGGUAGAGGCUAAUAAGGAAAAUGACAAAGAGCCAAGUGAACCCCUGAAAAUUUUAAAAGAAAAAGAGCAGGUAUGGAAAAUAUAUACGUCAAUUUUUUUCAUUGCAGAUGAAAAGCGCUGCCAUGCAAGGUGUAGCUUUCGUUGUAGCCUCCCAGGUAAACAUUUUUUGGGCGUCGUCAAGUGUUGCUCCUCCAUGCUCGUGGGGGAGGAACGUUUGACGAAGCACUGUCUCUCAGUACUCACUGGUUUAAUUUUCUCGCGCUCGCUUCAGUUCUCUUUCUGCCCAUAGCCUGCAACAUGGGCUGAUCUAGGGGGAGGGUGCAGGGGGUGCGCACCCGUCCCCAUCCCCCCCGAGAUGACCUGCGGCUUUCUAAUACAACUGCUGUUCUGCAAAAUAUGCCAUAUGUAUGAUAUGUAUUCUCAGCAGUUCACAUUAUGUUAUUGCCUAGUCAAAAGCCUUCUUCUUCGUAUUCGCUUUUAACGUUUGUUUACGUCACCAGUCAGUUACGUCAUUCCUUUGUGGUUCACCACCUCCCAAGAGAAAUCCUGGGUCCGCCCCUGUGCAACAGACUGAAAUAUUUUUGGCAGUGCAUGCACACGUACAAUUUUUAACCGAGCCAAAUCAAAUUUCUUUUCUGUGAAGAUGAAUGACAGGAUUUUCCAAUUGUUCAUUUUGAAGGAGACAGGCAAGGAACGCCCAGCUAUUAAAUCGUCUCGCCGCUCAUCCGUGACAUUGUCGACAGAACUGCUGGAGGAAGAAUUAACGAAUCUACUGAACGACACUACAGCCCAAAGAGCUUGGGAAUCUAUCAAGUACAUGAUAGGUAUUUUCAGGUGAGACACGUCUUUGCUAAUUUGACGGAUACCUUUUUGGAGCUUGAAAUAAUGAACAAUAUAUGAAAAUAUUAUAUAGGAACUGUGGACCAUUGCACUACUGCGAUGAUCUAUUUUCAUUUAAUUAUUUAUCCAGCCGCUCCUACAUAUGAUUUUUCAUACAUUGUAGCUAAGAUUAUUUAGUGAUAUUCAUCUCAUUUCUUGAAUAAUACCUUGAAGCACCUAUGUCUCCAAAGAGGAUCCUGAAUGUUCAAAAAUCUUAUUUGCUCAAGAGUGUACAGAAUUUUUUUUAUAGCUUUUAGAAAGUAAGAACCUUUUUCAAAUUUUAGGCUAAACAGGAUCUUGUAUAGAGGAGACCUAGCUGGCAAAUUUCAGCCUAACAGGAAUUGUUUAUGUUAUGACAAUAUUAUUUAAAUCAGCAAAGUAUUGGGAAUUGAAUAAUGUACUAUCACUCUCGCUUUGGCUUUAAUAGGAACCCAUUUUUAUUAAAUCCACUGAAAUGAGUAAUUUUGUACUAGUGCUAAUGGUUACCACAGCAACCAAGUGUAUUUUGGUCAGUGAUGUCAUCAUUUUAUAUUCACAGACAAAUACAAAAGCAUCCAAAUGAGGAAAAGUAUUACAGGAUAUUUAAUAGGAGAGUGAAGUUCAGAAAACACGUGUGGACAAUGAGAAACGCCAAAUCCUUCAUGACGGCAUGCGGCUGGACGGAGGUAACUAAAUAACCUGAAAUGAUUGUGGAUAGGUCAGCCUGCUACUGAAAUCUGAGAGAGUGUAGUAUAUGUAUCCCUUCAUUUUAUUUAGCACUGGUCACGGGCCAGGUUUUCGCAACCUGGAUAGUUAACAAUUAAUGAAUGAGGCUGAGCAUCUUUUGAAGAAUUAUGGAGAUCGAGGAGGGUGUUAUCCGUCGAGGCCGUAGGCCGAGGCGGAUAACACCCUCCGAGAUCUCCAUAAUUCUUUAUAUGAUACGAAAGCCGAAUUCAAUAAUUGUUUUAUCAUUCAUUCAAAAUAAUUCCUAGUUUAAAAACAUAGCUAAAACAAGCUUACCAGCUUACCUGCAUCGAUGUUAAGUUUAUCUUCGAUAGUUUGCGUUUAGGUUUGUCCAGCUCCGCAAAUAUUCUCCAAAUAGCAGAUGUCACCCUCCGAGUUGUCUUCUUGCUGUUUUUGCUAUGUUUUUAGCCAUUAUUUCGCCUAGUUCCAGCUGUAGUUCUUACUCUUAAAACGAGUGAAAUGUCCGCCAUUUUAGUUUUUACAAAACAACUCAAUCUCGUCCCCAGGUCUUCUCGGUUAACGGUGCCUUGAUCUGUAGACGGCUGCAUGCUUUUAGCCAAUCAGAAUUGGGGAAAUAUUUUGAAUGGAUAACCAUAACGAAUUGUGUGGAUAGCGCUUUCCUAAGCGUUUGAACAACUAAGGCUUAAAGUAUAAACUGUUAGUGAGUGCUUUUGUGACAAGAAGAAUCCUUUCCUCCCGUAAACUUUAACUUGAUGCAGUUUCCCACUGUCCAUAUCUACUUGGCGACAUCGGAAACAAAGUUGGGUUGACCCCUGUCAAGUCGAAAAAAAAAAGAGAAAACUUUUAGCAAUCCUUUUUUUCAGUUUUAUCGAGGCAAAGGAAGCGAACUUACAUACGGCAUUCUUUGUUCUGUUUUUUUCAGGUUGGGAGCUUUGUUAUCUUUCCAUUAUCCAAGAAAAUCGAGGCGCCUUUGCUGUUGCUCAACAAGUACCUAUGGUAAGUAGCAACAAUCAGGUAAAAAAAAAGGGGAAUGAAGAAGUGAUCAACCAAGCACCUGCCUCAUAAAGUUACUGAGAUCAUAAUUAAGGAGGAGAAUGGUUUUAAUUAGUUGGUGAACCUCAAGGGCAAAAACAAGGGUCCUACAGUUUAAAUUGAAAAUUCCGUGAUUGUGCUUGGUGUAUGUUAGUUUAUGUUUUCAUCUUUUGGUCAAUUAUCCCAUGCAGUUCGUUUUAAUGCUAUUGUGAGUUUAACAAUGUCAAACCCAAAAAACGGGCUGGCUUCAUAAACAUAACGGUUAUGAGCUAUCUUUAGAGCCUCUGUGAGUGCUGGAGUCGAAUAUGAGAAAACCCAAGUCAUAAUUGAAACGCUGCAUACGUCUUCACAUAUCUUGGUUUCCUGUUCUUCACUUAUGUUCUUUGUCGCGCGCCCUCCUACUUACCAGUUUUUCCUCUCUCCGCCAAAGUAGGUUACAUGUUCCCCUUGUUUCAAUUACUUUUUAUUUUCUCCUUCCUUGUCUCUAGCGUUGCUGAUGAGAAAAGGCAAGAAGAAAGAAAUAGCUCAGGAAAAGCUAAUCACCCGAAUUUACGGAAAAGCAGCUCGUCAGAUUUGGCAGAAAAAAUAUUGGAACUGAAGGAAGCUCUUAUCUCAUCACGUUCUAAGACAAGGAGACUGAGCUCUGACAAGAAUAAAAAACCAAAUUUUCUACGUAGAACCGUCUCAGUUGACGAAGUCAACAACUUGCGAAGAUCAGUCGAAGAAUCAAACUCUCUAAGGCAAGAUAUCGAGCAGUCGCAGGAUGAUUACCAGAAAGAUCGCUCUCGUUUCGACAAUGAAAGCGAAAACGAACCCACCAGAAACUUACUUCGUUCGCUGAGUGAAAACGUUCUAUUUACCUCUCCGCAAAAAGGGGAAGAGUAUUCUAUUCUGUUGUCACCCUUUACAAGACGAUUCUCUCAACGAGGCGUAAAAGAACUGGAAACGGCCUGCGAUCUAGUCAUGGAGAACCCGAUAAACGUGGAAAAUACUUCUCAAGCGGGGACCCAUACGCGGAAAAGUAUAGGCCUGUCAGAUGGAGAAGAAAUUCCUGAUGUUCGAAGUAUUAGACCAUAUCCCGCCGAGCGCCAGACAGUCCAGUCCCCUCGCGAAGCUGUGCUAGAGGAAGCAGACGAACUUUCUUCUCUGCUGGGCAAUAUUCUAGCAACUAUGGGCAGUUCUACUGAGUCAGAAAAAGAAUCGGAUUUCGAAAAGGACGUUAGGAAUGAAUCUGAAUGUAAGAAAGUCGAAGAAAUUUCAGACAAACAUAGGGACGUGGAGUUGGAGUCUUUGUGUGAAACUUUAGAUUUAUUAAUUCAGGACAAUAGCAGCGAUUCGUCAUCUGAAAGUGAGGAUGAAGGUAUUAAGAGUGGGAGACGUUAUAAUCUACGUCAAGGAGCAGGUCAUAGGAGCGCUUUCAAACCUGCCAUGCAUCCAUCAAGACGAAAACCACAACAGUUAGGGAAAGCUAAGAGUUUAAACGAAAAUUCUAAACGAAUAUCAACAACCACUGGUCGUUCAAGUCACGAAAAAGCUACCAAAGCAAAUAGCCUUGAUGUGACCACGUCGUCGAGUGCCAAGAGAGUACAAGAAAGCACUAUGAAGACAAAACAAAACACGUCUAGCACAGUCUCGAAAACAAGUUCAAAGACGGCUCCAAAGAAAACCAGUAACCAAAGAGGUAACUCGGUUAAGACUCGUGUCCAGCGCCAGAAACAAGAAAACAGCUCACGUGUUUCGGAGAGCGUCAAUCAACGACAAGUUACAUCCAACAAACGAGAAUCCUCUGUUGGUCCAAGAAACAACCAGCUUAUAAGACUAAAAGUUUGGACUCGGUAA